GCCGGCUACGUGUGUGGGAGAGAAACCUGCUGAGUAACCAAGCAAAGGAAAGAAACUAAAUUAAGCAUUACUUUUUACUGCAUGGAAUAACUCCACUGACUUUUCCCCACUGAGGCGUUAGGAAUGUAAACUAGUAAAAGCUGAAUGCCCGAGAGCACAUUUACAAGUCCGGACUGAACGACAAUGGAAUUUCUGAUCUCGUAACCACGAGAAAUAACGUUAUCUGUCUGCGUAUACAAGCGCCGGUUGCAGACAAAUAGGAUUACGUUACUCUCAUUGAAAACCUUCCUGCUUCGCUGAAAAAAGGAGUAAACCAGCGUUUUGAGCAAGUGGCUGAAGAAUUGUACACAGGGCAAGGUUUGGACAAAUCUUAAAGGGAGCCAUGGAAAGAUUAGAAAUGGCAGGAAAAGAGCACUGAAUUUUUAAAGCCACAUCUCACCAUUGAGUGACAUCCUCUACUGCCAUCAUUGCUCAAACCUGGGGACUCUACUUCUUGUAAAUAGCUGUGGCCAGGGAAAAACCUCAUCUUGUCAUCGGAGGAACACAGUGGAUCAGGUUGUGUCCAGAAGGAUGUGUUUUUAAACCCGAACUGCUGGGAGGUCAAGAGGGGACAUGCCUCUGUAAAACAGCACUGGAAACCAAUGCUCUAUUGCCAUGCUUCCGGGGAUGGUGCGUCGUCUUUCAGCAGUCCAAACGCUGCUGUCUCUCCUGCUGCUAGCUGUCGGCUGGCCCUUCACCUCAUUACCUAGUGGUGUUGUCCAAGGAUCAAAGUCCUCCCCCUCCAGUCUUUAUCCCACCUUUAUCCGGAAUGACACUCUGUUUGAGCACUUGGCCCUGCAUCCUGACCCCAGUGUGAGUCGGGUCUACGUCGGGGCCCGAGAUCACUUGUUCCAGUUGGAUCAGUUUCUCCAACCUGAACUUCAGGAUGACACUGGACCAGUCACAGACAGUCGGGAGUGUUUACCUCCUGUAACUGAGAGCAACUGCCCCCAGGCUAGGGUCACCAGCAACCACAACAAGCUCCUGCUGGUCGACCCGUAUUCCAUGGAACUUAUUACCUGCGGGAGCGUCAACCAAGGAAUCUGCCAGAAACGUAGUCUGGAUUCUGUGGAUGUGGUACUUUUCUCUACAGAGAGGCCGGUGGAUACUCAAUACGUAGCAGCUAACCACCCCAAUGUUAGCACUGUGGGACUGGUGGUUCGCUCUCAUCCUGACAGGCAGCCAGUUCUGUUUGUUGGGCGGGGUUACACCAGCAGCCACCCACCUAUUUCCACACGAAACCUUGCCCAGGAACCCAUCUUUUCUUACGAAGAGACUGCCAAGUUGGCUGUGGCUGGCCGUCUCUCAGAAUAUGACCAUCAUUUUGUAGCCUCAUUCGCCCACCGCCAGCAUGUAUACUUCCUCUUCUACAGGCGGGACCUAAAGUCACAGUCACGUGAAUAUCGCACCUACGUCUCUCGUGUGUGUUUGGACGACCAGGCCUAUUACUCCUAUGUAGAAGUUCCCUUGACGUGCCAUUCCAGGGCAGGAAAAAUUUACAACCUCUUGCAAGCUGUUCAGCUUGGGCUCAACAAGGACAGUAAAUUGAGCCAAGGGUCAGAAGUUCUUCUUGGUGUCUUCUCCACUCAUUUGGCUUCAUCAACUCGGCCCAGUGAGGACUCGGCCCUCUGCAUGUUUGACCUUAAGGACGUGGACUACAGGAUUAACUCCACCAGAGACCUGUGCUACACACAGAUGGGGAAAGAAGCAGGACUGGAGGCAGCCUACAUAGAGUAUGAAGUCAAAUCCAACUGUGCCAACCUGCCAGAGAACACUCUGACUGCAUACCCUUGCGGCUCUGACCACACCCCUAGCCCGAUGGCCAGCAGGAUGCCCAUAGAAGCAGAGACCAUAUUGGACAGCCCAUCUGCCCGUCUCACUGCUGUGGCUGUCAGCGUGAGGGCGGGACAUACCAUUGCUUUCCUAGGAGACUCCAAGGGGAACCUGCACAAGGUGUUCUUGGGGCCAAACGGCGAGGUGGAGGAGUACUCGGUCAUCUCCAUUCAGCAGAAUACUGCUAUCAGUUCAGACCUCAUCCUGGACCAAACAGAGGAACAUCUCUUCAUCAUGACUCAUAACAUGCUGCAGAAGCGGCCUGUGGCAGAAUGCCAGCAGUACCCAGACUGCCAUUCCUGCCUGCUGGCCCACGACCCAUACUGUGGCUGGUGCGUCCUGGAGGGAAGGUGUGUGUUGCAGUCAGAGUGUGCUCGUGGGAAGCAGCCAGGUCAGUGGCUGUGGAGCUUUGACAUGGAGCAGCAGUGUCUGGCCGUCCAGGACCUCAACCCCUUCAACAUCAGCAGGGAGGAGAGCAGGACAGUGUCUCUGACAGUCACAGGACUUCCAGUGUUAGAGAAAGAUGAGUCCUACUCCUGCUUUUUCAUGGACAGCCACAGUCCAGCCAUUGUCACUGAAUCUGGGGUCACCUGCCAUUCUCCUGACACCAGCCAAGUACCCAUGGUGCCUCCUGGACAGGACUUUGUCACAGUCACCCUGUCUCUUCGAUUCGGCGACAUCACCGUCACAGCGAGGGAUUUCACCUUCUAUGACUGUACGGCUGUUAAGCAGCUGUCUGGCAGCAUGCCUUGCCGUGGUUGUGUUUUGAGCCGAUGGGGCUGUAACUGGUGUGUUCACCAGCACUUGUGCACCCAUAAGCCCACCUGUGAAGAGGGGGUGAUCAUCUACAACAAACAUUUUAAACUCCCCACCUCAGCUCCACCCACAACCAAAACUAUUAAAGUCAUCACAACAGCCACUACCACAACGGCUGCCCUGACAACCAGUACCAUGACAACUACCACAACAACUCCCACAACAAGUACAACUAUUGCCACAACAACAACUGCAGCCCCUGUCACAAUAGCAACCACUCAGGAGCCAACCACCCCCCCUGCACCCACUACUCCACCCGCGACCACCACCAGCCUUGAGCCAACCACUCCACCCACCACACUGCCCCCUCAGCCUGCCAGCACCCUAACAUCCACCACACCAGCACCCACUCCACCUCUACCCCCGAAAGUCACCACCAUAAAGGAAGAAGAGACUGAAGCAGGAGAGCUUUUUGUUGUCACCCAAAGUGACACUGAAGGUGCUGCAGUUACACCCACUGUUGUCAUGGUAGCCACAGAGUUGGUGCCUGUAACCAUGGCUGAUGGUCUAAGUGGAGAUCUGGACCCUGUGGUGCCUUUGAUCAUCCCGCCGCAUGAACCGGAUUCCUCCACCCUUGAGGUGGUGACAGAGUCGCCCCCCAGCGAUGCCCAGGAAGCAGAGAGAGCUUUGAGCCUGGCAGAGCCUCCCACAUCGGCCUCUUCGGGCUUCCCCCUGCCCACGCCCUUCUCUGUGGGCGAACCUGGCGACUCCGAGCCCUCCCUCUACCUGGACCUGACCCAGACUUCCACCCUGAUGCCCCCACAAGACUACCAGACUGAGGCAGGAAGCCCAGGCACCGACCCUGAGGUGCUCCUCUGGCCAAAAGAAGAAGGAGACGUCCACGCUCAGAGUGUCGUCCAGUCAGAAAAUGACACAGCCACAUUUUCUGCUGCCACUGUGUUGUCAGGUGAUGGUGAGGUCGACCACACCCUCCCAUCCUACCCCAAACUGCUGGAUACUGACUCAGAGCUGGACUACCAGUAUGAUCCAGCUGACGCCUUCCUCCCGGGCGACGAGGGCUCCUAUGUCAGCUGGGGUUCCUCAGCUUGUCCCUGUGUGGAGAAGGUGCAGGGUUCAUCACUGCUCCCUGUCAGAGUGGAGAGGAAGAUCACCUUACUGGCCCGCAACCUGCACCUCUAUCAGGAUCCAGAGCUGGACUAUGAGUGUGUGUUGGUGAUCGAGGGGCAGACGGUGGUGGUGGAUGCCUAUGUGGAGACUGAUGACAUGAAUCCAUCAAACUUCGACAUCACCUGUCAACUACACCAGUACACAUAUUCUGCUCCAGUGGAGGAAUACAAUGCCAUGGUGUACGUGAAGAGGAGGGACACCUUCCAUGUGGACAGCUCUCCUGAUCUAUAUGUGACUCUGUACAACUGCUCUGUGGGCCGCUCUGACUGCAGCCGCUGCCACACAGCUGACCAUAAGUAUGGUUGUGUGUGGUGUGGAGGUGCUCGGGCCAGCUGCUUGUAUUCAGACUCCUGUAGUGAAUCUGUACAGCAGAUGUGCCCUGCCCCCGUCAUCCACUCUAUCGAGCCCCUCUCUGGGUUGUUGGAAGGUGGCACAAUGGUGACCAUCUCAGGCUCCAACCUGGGCCAGAAGGCUGAAGACAUCCUCUACUCUGUGUCAGUAGCCGGGAUUCCCUGCACGGUCAUUCCCAGCCUCUAUGAGGUCUCCUCCAGAAUUGUGUGCAGGACCAAAGCCAGUGGAGGAGAGAAGGUGGGCCAUAUCUCUGUAAAAGUGAGCGGAGGAGAGUUUGGUGUGUCCAGCCAGACAUUCAGCUACCAGGACCCGUUUGUGAUGGGGGUGUCUCCUGAAAGGGGACCCAAAGCCGGAGGAACGUCCUUGACGAUCAUUGGCCGAAACCUGCUGACAGGACGUCCCUCUGACCUCACCAUCACUGUGGGAGGGGUGACUUGUCACAUUGUGUCAGAGGUGCAGAGUACCAGUGUUCAGUGUGUGACAGGCAGCAGUAAUAAGACAGGAGAUCUGCGGGUCACCCUGCAUUACGGUAGCAGCCAGCGUCACCUCCACACUUCAGCCUACCGCUACACUCACAACCCCAACAUCACCCAUGCCACACCAGCAAAGAGCUUCCUGGAUGGUGGUCGACUGAUCUAUGUGUCGGGCCAAAACCUGGACGUGGUGCAGGAGCCCCGGAUGGUGGUGGCUGUCUUUCCCUUCACGUCAAUCAGCCCAAAUAAAAGGAGAAAGAGGAGGAGGAGUGGAGAGCAAGAGGAGGACAGGGAGAAGACUUUUGGGAGGGAAGCGAGGAUGGUUCCUGAACCUAUCUGUCCUGGAGACCCACUCUGCUCUGUCAAACAGUUCAUGGAGCGCUGUGAGGUGAACUCCUCUUCACUGAUCCUAUGCCGCUCUCCUAUGGUGGACUCCUCCAUCUGGGGGUCAAAGGUCACAACAGAGUUUCUGCUAGACAACCUGCGCUUUGACUUCAGCAGUCUGAACCCCCAGACUUUCAGCUAUGCACGCAACCCAGUCCUGCGGCCCCUUAACCAGCAGGACCCUCUGAAGGCCUACCGCUACAACCCUGGCAGCUUCAUCCAGCUGGAGGGGGAAGAUCUGGACCUGGCCAUCACUAAGGAUGAGGUGGUAGUGUUGGUUGGGGAAGGUGUGUGUGCUGUUAAGACCCUGACCAGAAACCAUCUGUACUGUGAGCCACCACCUCAGCAGCCUGCACCAGGACCCAACGGCAAGAAACGUGAGGGCUCUGACAAUCUGCCUGAAUUCACAGUCCAAAUGGGCAACCUGAACUUCUCCCUUGGAAAGGUUCAGUAUGACAACCUCAGCCUGUCUACCUUCCCCCUGGAGGCUCAGAUUGGAGUUGGGGUUGGGGCGUCCAUAGUAGCCCUCAUCGUCCUCAUCAUCGUGCUCAUUUACAGGAGAAAGAGUAAGCAGGCUGUGAGGGACUACAAGAAGGUCCAGAUCCAACUUGAGAACCUGGAAACCAGUGUGAGAGACCGCUGCAAGAAAGAGUUCACAGACCUAAUGACGGAGAUGAUGGACAUGUCCAGCGACCUGGUGGGCUCUGGCAUCCCUUUCCUUGACUACCGGAGGUACGCUGAGCGCAUUUUCUUCCCCGGCCACCGGGAGUCUCCACUGAGGAGAGAUCUGGACGUUCAGGAGUGUCGGAGACAGACGGUGGAGCAAGGCCUGGUGCAGCUGUCCAACCUGCUCAACAGUAAACUCUUCCUCACCAAGUUCAUUCACACUCUGGAGAGCCAGCGGACUUUCUCUCCCAGAGACCGGGCCUAUGUGGCCUCCCUGUUGACGGUGUCGCUGCACGGCAAACUGGAGUAUUUCACCGACAUCCUCAAAACUCUCCUCAACGAUCUGGUGGAGCAGUAUGUGGCCAAGAACCCCAAACUGAUGCUGCGACGAACAGAAACUGUGGUGGAGAAGCUGCUGACCAACUGGAUGUCCAUCUGCCUCUAUGCUUUCCUCAGGGACUCAGCGGGGGAGUCUCUCUACAUGCUGUUCAGGGCCAUAAAGCACCAGGUAGAUAAAGGACCAGUGGACAUUGUGACCGGCAAGGCCAAGUACACCCUCAAUGACAACCGCCUGCUGCGAGAGGACGUGGAGUACAAGACCCUGACUCUGAAUGUGUUGGUGCAGGGUGGAGGAGUGAACGAGAGCCAGCCGCUGCCCUCCAAAGUGUUGGACUGUGACACCAUCACACAGGUGAAAGAAAAGCUGCUGGAUCAGGUGUACAAGGGCACCUCCUUCUCCCACCGACCCCACGCAGACUCAUUGGACCUUGAGUGGCGGUCUGGUGUUGCUGGUCAUCUCAUUUUGUCAGAUGAGGACUUGACGUCUGUGGUUCAGGGCAACUGGAAACGCCUUAACACACUGCAGCACUACAAGGUCCCAGACGGUGCAACAGUAGCGCUGGUCCCUCGCCACACAAAACACAUUCACAAUGACAACCACGACUACAUUGCAGGAGAGAAGACUCCAAUGCUGGAGGAUGCAGAUGAAGGUGGAGUGAGGCUGUGGCAUCUGGUGAAAGCCAGCGAGGAGCCUGAGCUGCCCAAACACCGCAGAGGGAGCCUGAGGGAGAGAGAGAGGGCCAAGGCCAUCCCUGAGAUCUACUUGACCCGCCUGCUGUCCAUGAAGGGUACAUUGCAGAAGUUUGUAGACGAUCUGUUCACAGUGAUCCUCAGCACCAGUCGUCCUGUACCGCUGGCUGUCAAAUACUUCUUUGAUCUGCUGGACGACCAGGCAGGACAACAUGGCAUCUCCGACCCAGAGACUAUACACAUUUGGAAGACCAACAGUCUCCCUCUGCGUUUCUGGAUCAAUAUUGUGAAGAACCCUCAGUUUAUCUUUGAUGUCCAGGCGUCAGACCACGUGGAUGCAGUACUUUCUGUCAUUGCCCAAACCUUUAUGGACUCCUGCACCAUUGCUGAGCACAAGCUGGGACGGGACUCUCCCAUUAACAAGCUGCUGUAUGCCCGAGACAUCCCCCGCUACAAGCAGAUGGUAGAAAGGUACUAUGCUGACAUCCGGCAGACCAUCUCAGCCAGUGACCAGGAGAUGAACUCUGCUCUGGCUGAACUGUCCAGGAACUACUCUGGAGAGCUGAACUACCUGGUCGCACUGCACGAGCUUUACAAGUACAUCAACAAAUACUAUGACCAGAUCAUCACAGCGCUGGAGGAGGACCCCACAGCCCAGAAGAUGCAGCUCGGCUACAGACUGCAGCAGAUCGCAGCCGCCGUGGAGAAUAAAGUCACGGACUUGUGACAGAGGAAACACCCACCAGAGCUAUGGCAAAUCGAGGAGGCAAAGAGUGGGACACUUAAACCCUGCAGGUUGAACUGAAAAGCAGAAAGCAACAGACAGACAAAUUGGAAGACAGUACCAACCUUUGUUUUAGGAGGAAGGUUUGGAGUCAAGGAGCUGUGAGUUUUUGAAGAAACUUUUCAGAAGUAUCGGAAGAUUCAGCUUAGCAUUGAAGUUCACAUCCCAGCACCUUCAGUCCUUUGUUGGUGUUGGCUGAGGAUGCAUCAGUUACUUUAGUCUGAGCUCUCUGUAGAAGCAGGGCACUGAACAAAUCUGGACAAAGAAAGUGUAAAAGACACCAGUCAGUCCUGCUGUCCCUCUGUUAACUUUAUAAAGAGACAUUUAGAGGAAGAACAUUGUGUUUUAUCCUGGGUACAAUAUUUGCACACUCCACCAGCUAAAUGCUGGUAAAAUAUACAAGUGUCUGGGAGAUUUGCUUUCUCACCAGCCAAAAAAACAAUAGUAAUCUAUUGAGUGACUGGUCAAAUUUGAACAUUCACUAGCCAUUUGGAUGGUGGACAAAAAAGUAAAUUUUGCACCCUGGUUUCAUCGCUACAGAACAGUGCUGGACUUAAAACUUAACAAUCUUAUAAAGCAGCUGUUCCAUAGUCAGCUGAUCUGACUAAAGACUGAUGACAUUUUCCCUUGAGUGAAUUUUUAAAGCGGUAUCUUGUAUGCCUUGUGUGCUUUUCGCUGCUGUCUAGUCAAAAGUUGUGUGUGUGUUCCAUUUUACCCUGGUUGUCAUUCUACAUCUUGUAUUGUCACAUUUCUGGUUUCUAGUAAAAGGUAUUGAAGUGGUUAUUAUAUUUUAGAUUUUAAGACAGCAGUAUUCACAAAACAGUGAUCUGAAAUGUCUCUGAAUGUUUAAGAAUGAAACCCCUUUACACAAAGCCAAUCGCUAAGAGUUUAAUAAGUCACUGCCACUCUCUACCUCAGCCUACUGUGCUGCAUCAGAUACUCUUCUAUUUUUUCAGUGUUGUUCACGCAACACUACUAUGUACAAGUUAACCAGCUAUAACUACCAAUACAGCAGCACAGCAAGAUCUGGCCUAACUCCAGCUGGACUCAAUUGCAGCAGUACAAACACACAUUUUCUUUCCUGUGUGUGAUUGGAAAUCAAAGCAUGCUUGUUUGAGCAUUUUAAGGUACUUAAACCCCAACUGAGUGACAGUUUACUUUUUAGUUUUUGUUUCUUGCUUUUAAACUUAUUCAUGCAGAUUCAAGUCAUGGGAAAGAUGUUAGAGGAAAAUAAAAACUCCUUCCAUAAAAAAAACUCCAUGAAGUGGAUUCUUAGUGUGCACCACAGUGUUUUAUUGUGUAAGUCAGUCAUAUGUCUAUUUUGUAAAUUUUUAACAUUCCUUUUGGGAUCAAUACAAGGUAAUCAUGGUUCACCUUGGUCCACUCCAAGCCAAGGUGAUGGUACAUGUUUUUUGGUAUCGACAUCAUGGUUGGUAUACAGUUGUAUUGAACACAAGGUGGCAUUUCUUCAUGUGCUGAUGGAAUGUAUGACAUUUUAUUUUUGUCAAGUUGAUACAGAUUAUGCAUUGAUUAUACUGCUACUGGUUCAGAAGGUAUAUUUGAUCUUGUGACACUGUUCUGAUUUCAGUUAGAGCACAGAGACCUUAUAUACAUGAGCUCAUGUUUGCUGAUGUUGUUCUCAUUUAAAGGUGGAGUCUCUGAUUUUAAUCCAAUACACUUUUUGUCAAAUUCAGCGAAUAUCUCCUCAGUCUGUUUGCUGUCCGUCCAUACACAGUCCUGCUCUGUGAAUGAGAAACAAGCAAAACACUAUUCUGUUGGUGCUGGUGCACAGGACAUGGGAAAGGCCAUGAUGUAUAAAGAGAAAGGUAGUGAUGGUAAAUCUGGCACAUGAAGGAGCACUGACGGGAGUGGGUUAUUUGUUUGGGUGUUGAGUUAAAAAAUAAACGUCUUUUUUCAGAAACAAAGACUCCACCUUUAAAUGACAAAGACUGAGAUGGCUUCCUAGGGGUAAGUAGGGCUGGGUAUGGUUGGACAUUUGUUGAUGCUGUUCCUUGUGUCAAACUCUGUUUCCCUUUUUAUUUAUUUUUUAAGAUUAUGUUUUUGGGCAUUUUCAGCCUUUAUUUGGAUAGGACAGCAGAAGACAUGAAAGGGGAGAGAGAGGGGGGACUGACAUGCAGCAAAUGGUCACAGGUCGGAGUCAAACCCGGGCCCGCUGCGUCGAGGAGUAAACCUCUAUAUUUCCCUUUUUAAAUAGUGUCCCCCAUAGCACUGCCCUCUGUGGUUAGGGCUUAAUUUCUGUUAAUAUUUAGGUUAUGGCUAGGCACUGCAGAGAUAACUGGUUGGGUUCAGGUGAACAAAAGGGGAAACCCAGAUCCACAAAGAUACUUGCCAACUUUGAUACUUGAGUUCGUCAAUACUCAAGUCAGUGCUUUAGACGCAGUGUAGUCUCUACUUUAAAAGUAAUGAGGUUUUAUACCCAGCCCUAGUCAUCAGUGACCAAAAAAGAUGAGUGUUGAAGAGUGUCAGCUGAGCCUAAUGCCUAAUACGUGUCAUUCCCAGGUCCAGGCUCAGCAUUUCAGAAUGUAGCCCGUAGGUUUAUUACUACAUUACCUAACACAUACAAGCAACUAAUGACUCAUAUGAACAGAUGGUUUGUUCUGUCAGACACUGUUAGUUUAGAUAGUGAAAGCUCAGUGAUGAUAAAGACAAGCCAUUUGAGGGAAAACUAUAACUGUUAUUAGGCUGUAUAAAUUUGGCAAUGUAGAGCAGGCUCUGCAAGGAGCAGUUUUAAGGGUGUUUCUUAUUCUUAUUUUGUGUGUUAAUAUCAUUGUACAUAUUGAUUUAAAAUGUAACUGUAGUGAUUUUACCUGUUUAAUAAGAGAAUUGAUGCAAAUUAUCACAGAUGCUGAUGUAAUAAAGUAUUCUUAAAAUUA